AUGGAGCGCGGGCGGCCAUGGGCGGUGCGUCAGGCCCUGGGCCGGGGCCUGCGGCUCGGCCGGGAGCUGCUGCUGCGCCUCGCCGGCAGGCCGGGGCUCCCCGAGGGCCGCCGCCCGCCGCCGGCCCGGGGGACGGGCCUCAGGCCCGGGCGGGCUGUUGUCGGCCAAGUCGUCGGCCAUGUCGGCGGCGAGGUUGGCCCAGGUGGCCACUUCCGGUGGCUGUGGUGGGCGCUGAGGGGCCUGUGGGCGCGGGGCCGCCGUGGGGCCGGGGCCGGGGCCGGGGCCCGCUGCCGCCCCGCCUUGGUGGCCCUGGGCCUGGGCCCGGCCGUGCUGACCCGCGGGCAGGACGACGGGACGACGGCCGACGCCGCCUGCCGACACAUCCAGUCCCGGCCUCCAGCCGAGUACCGUUUCCAACCGUGGAACAGCCAGGCAGUCAACGGUGGUUUUAUCAAGUGCUUACUGAUGCCGGAGCCCCGGGCUUUGUGCUCGGGAAAGUUGCAGAAGCGUGGAUCCGUGUCCACGACGGGCUUAGAGGCAAGUUUUACCCAGAAGGACAAGUUGCUUCCCGAGCCCCUGGCUGCGAACCGAUGGCGGGGCUUCCAGCUGGAAGAAUACCUCAUCGGGCAGCCGGUUGGCAAAGGCUGCAGCGCUGCUUGUGUACGAAAGCGACCAUUCCCGGUCCCGCCCCAGGGGCCGGCCGGGGCCCGGGGAGAUCCAGAUGUCCCGAAAAAUCCGGAGUCCGUGGAAACUACUCAGCCCGGUCCCUCCUUUCCCUUAGCCAUCAAGAUGAUGUGGAACAUUGCGGCGGGCUCCUCCAGCGAAGCCAUCCUCAGCACCAUGAGCCAGGAGCUGGUGCCGGCCACCCGCCUCGCCCUGUCCGGACAGUACGGGGCUUUCGCCCACAGGAAGCGUUUGGGCGGUCCCAAGCGACUGACAUCCCACCCCAACGUCAUCCAGGUCCUGCGGGCCUUCACCUCAGCGGUGCCUCUGCUGCCCGGCGCUCUGGCCGACUACCCUGAUGUGCUCCCCCCUCGCCUGCAUCCCUCCGGCCUGGGCCACACCCGCACCCUCUUCCUCGUCAUGAAGAACUAUCCCUGUACUCUGCGCCAGUACCUGCAGGCGAGCACUCCAAGCCCCCGCCUCAGCACAAUGAUGAUCUUGCAGUUACUGGAAGGUGUCGAUCACUUGGUUCAACAGGGCAUAGCGCAGGACUUACAAUCUGACAACAUCCUGGUGGAAUUUGAUUCAGGUAGGUGUCCCAGGCUGGUGAUCACAGACUUCGGUUUGCUGCCUGGGCCGAUGACAGCGUCGGGCCUGCGGCUGCCUUUCACCAGCUGGUAUGUGGAUCGGGGAGGAAACGGCUGCCUGAUGGCCCCAGAGGUAAUUCCCGCUGGGGUGUGUCCACUGGCCUGCCCCGGCCCCGGGGUCGUGAUCGACUACAGCAAGCGGACGCCUGGGCCCCGUGGGCGGCCAAUCGCCUACGAGAUCCUCGGGCUCCCCAACCCCUUCAACGGCCAAGGAAGGGCCCACCUCGAAAGCCGCAGUUACCGCGAGACUCAGCUGCCCGUCCUCCCGGGGGACCGUGCCCCUCGGAACGUGAGGCAGCUGGUAAGAUCACUGCUCCAGCGGGAGCCCGGCAAGAGACCGUCAGCUCGCGUGGCGGCCAACGUGCUGCACCUGAGCCUGUGGGGGGAGAGCCUUCUCGCCCCCGGAGAGAAGCUGAGGCCGGCCGAGGUGACCGGCUGGCUCCUCCGCCACUCCGGCCGCCACCAUACUGAGCCGGAGCCGCAGCCCGCGCCAGCUGCACGGAAGACCAAGCUGAAGCAGUGCUUCCUGGCCAACCUGGAUUACGAGGCCCCUGUGCCAGGCGGCCUAUUCCUGCUGCGCUCGUGGAGGGCAGCCCCGUGAUGGCUUCGCCUGGGAACCCGCGCACACCCCGCCAACCCCGUCCGGACUGGGAGAGAAACCUGUCACCCUCAGGUUUGGGAUACGCUUAAGGUUAGAAGUCAGUUCUUCACUUUGGCAGAGAUCUCAAUCCAGCAUCUUUCGCCAAGCCCUUCGGGAUACGCUUAAAUUCUUCAGAUUAGAAGCUUCGUCUUCACCUUUGGCAGAGAUCUCAAUCCAGCAUCUUUGCCAGGCCCUUCAUUAACAUGCUUUCUUUUGCACGGUGAAUUCGUAGAUGUUUAUGUGAACUCGCUCCUUUGGUUU